AUGGAUCAGGCACAACAAAAGGCUCUAAAUGCCCUCGAAGCCCACAUCCUCCUGGCGAAAUCUGCAAACGCGCCACUAGCAGCAUCCCAAGUCGUGGUUCAAGCUACCUCAGCUCCGAACGCCUAUGUCUUUGCCGAGCUCCUCCAAAGUCCAAACAUUAAGGCCCUUCAGAAUGCUUCACCAGAAAACGCAGCCUACUUCACAUUAUUACAGAUCUUCUCGUGGGGUACCUGGCAAGACUAUGAAUCGACGCCUGGUCUCCCAAAAUUAUCAGAACCUCAGCAACUCAAACUUCGCCAAUUAUCCCUUCUCAGCCUCGCAACAACCCCUCACUUGCUUACCUACCACUACCUACGAGACUACCUCUCUCUUAACUCAGCACGUGCUCUCGAAGACCUUGUAAUUAGCACAAUUUACGCCGGUCUUCUCUCCGCAAAACUCAACACCAUCAGCCAACGCAUAGAUGUGAGCUCUGUCGCUCCUCUGCGGGACUUGGAACCCGGAAGCGUACCCCAAAUUGUUUCCAUACUCGAGGAUUGGGAUACACGCUGUGUGAGGAUAUUAGAGGAAUUAGAGGGGCGGGUGAGGGAAGUGAGGCAGAGAGCGCUACGGGAAAAGAGGGGGCAAGACGCAAAUGAGAAGGCUAUAGCGAAGUUAGUGGAGGACAAAGACAACGGCAAAGGGAAGGUUGCGGGGAAAAGAAGCGUAGGGGAGGACAACGAGGAGAUGGAAAUUGAUGAGAAUAAUGUAGGUACAAGUGGGUUGAGGACUAGGAACGCGAAAAGGGGAGGAGGAUUGUUUGGUCGGCCUUCGAGAAAACCAGGCGGCGGGUGA